AGUUCUUCAUUCUCUGUUCCUGAAGAUACUAAUGCUGGACUGAGUCCAGGAGUGACUAACCUGCUUCCUUUCCAUGGACAGGGUUUUCAUCCUCCAAGCCUCACCUGGUCUCCCGGCUAGAGCGAGGAGAGGGGCCCUGGGUAGCAGACGUCCACAGGAUGGGGACCACCACAGGGAUGCAGGCAGGUGACAGGAUGAAGAGCAAACCGAUAAUUUCAAAGAAGAAAAAUUGUCCAGAAGAACUCGCAGGGGCUGACCUUCAGGGUGGCAACAAGGGCCAGGUAGCCGGGCCGUCAGAGGAAACACUUGAGCACAGAUGGAAACAUGCUUAUUGUCCACAGACAGGUUUCAGCAGGGGUGACCCUCCCAGGGAGAAAGGCCAAGGCAGCUCGCCAGGUGAGGAAAGAGAGAUACAGAGAAGUAGUUGCAGAGGUAGGCAGGAUUUGGUUCUAAGGCAGCAGGGUUCCAAAGGUGCAGAGAAACAGUUCCUGUGUCAGCAGUGUGGCAAAUCCUUCAGCCGGAGCUCCAACCUCAUCAAGCACCGGAUCAUCCACAGUGGCGAGAAGCCCUAUGAGUGCGGUGAGUGCGGGAAACUCUUCCGGCGCAGCUUCGCGCUCCUGGAGCACCAACGCAUCCACAGCGGUGAGAAGCCCUAUGCGUGCGGCGAGUGCGGGAAGACUUUCACACGGAGCUCCAACCUCAUCAAGCACCAGAUCAUCCACAGUGGUGAGAAGCCCUACGAGUGUGGCGAGUGCGGGAAACUCUUCCGGCGCAGCUUUGCGCUCCUUGAGCACCAGCGCAUCCACAGCGGCGAGCGGCCCUACACGUGCAGUGUGUGCAGCAAGGCCUUCAGCAGGAGCUCCAACCUCAUCGAGCACCAGCGCACACACAGCGGCGAGAAGCCCUACGUGUGCAGCCAGUGCCCGAAAGCCUUCAAGGGCAUCUCCCAGCUCAUUCACCACCAGCGCAUCCACAGUGGGGAGAAGCCAUUCGAGUGCAAGGAGUGUGGGAAGGCCUUCCGGGGGCGCUCGGGCCUCAGCCAGCACCGGCGGGUGCACAGCGGCGAGAAGCCCUAUGAGUGCAGCGAGUGCGGGAAGACCUUCAGCCGGCGAUCCAACCUCUUCAAGCACCAGGUGGUGCACAGCGAGGAGAGACCCUACAAGUGUCAAGACUACAGGAGGGCGUUCCGCAGCGGCUCCGUCCUCCUGGAGCACCGGCGCACCCACGGCAGCCUGCGGCCCAGCGCCUGCGGCCACUGCGGCCAGGCUUCCAAAGGGAAACCGCAGCUCGGCUGGAAGCCGAAAACUCACCGCGGAAGGAAGCUCUCGGAGGGGAGCAACUCAGAAAAGGCGCCGGCCUGCCUGGCCCUCUGGAGAGCCACUGCGGAGCCCCGCCCUGAGGACGAGAAACUCCCUCCAGACUCCGCCCACGUCACUGCCCCCAGCUCCUUCUGACGGGGUGCACCGUGGAAGGGCUGGCUUUAAAAUGAGGCCCACCUUCCCCACCUCGUCCCCCUCCCUUUGCUCGUUGAUGAUGCUGCGAUUGAAGCACCGAGUGCGCCGCAGGCAGACGGGCCACUGCGCCGGUGCCGGCUCCUGUGCGGUGCGCACGGGUGUGUGUGUGCCGCCAAGGUGCACGCACAUUUGUAUUCCUCCCUGGAGCCGCUGAAACUGCUCUUGCCCCCCGUGCCUGGGGCCUGUGUGCUGUGGGUGGGAGGGAGCGGGUGCCUUGAAUUAGGGAGGAGUGGCCCAUCUCCUCUCGUGGGGGCCUUCACUUCACCCAAAGACUUGUUAGCAUUUCCAGGUAGAAGACACGAAAAGCACUUUAAUCCUUUAAUAGCUUAAUAGUGGGAGGGACCUGAGGGCAUUCAAAAUUUGUGGGCUCCACAGCGAGGCUGUGGCUGGACUGUGACAUCACCUAAAAUUCAUCAAGAAAUGGUCUGAAAAAGGACUCAGGCAACUGCACGUGCCUGCCUCGGCAGCCCCUGGAGGGUGCCAUCUCCUUGGCGGGAAGGCACAGGACACCUUGUUUCUGGGAGGAGCAGCACCAGACCCCAUCUUCUGGGAGCUCGGGAUUCUGCCGGAUGGCUGGCCUGGGCCCUGCGGAGAGGAUGAGGCCUGGAGACUCUCCGCUGCUCCGCCCCAAGAGAGGAGCCCUUUGGCUCUGGUCCCUCCCAACUGCCACCAGCUGCCCUGCUGCCUUUGGUCUUCUCCCCGCACCCUGAGCCCCUGGGCUCACCCCACCUGCUGCCUUCAGACCCUGCCUGCAAAGGCCGCACUGGCCUCUCUGCCCCUUCUCCCCACCCUCAGUGCCUAAAGCUCCAAAGUUAGCUGC